UGUGGAUAGAAAAGUGUGUGGUAUCAGGUGAAGAUGGUCAAUGGACCGAGUUGUGCACAAAGGAAAAAGGGUCCGCCGAGGGGAUGCUGGUCCGAAAUAAUGCUCCGAGGAUAUAUGGAGUUUCCGACAGAGAGCAGACAGACCGAGACGUCAUACUGAAAUGCUCCCGCGUCCGAAUCUGUGGAGACAGACAAGCGGUGUUGUCGUGUGUUUGUGUGUGUAAACAAAAAACCGAGGACAAUGCUGUAAAAUGCCGACAGGGAGCCACCCCAAGAUGCCAGAUCCAAAGUGGACUCCGAACAACCAUAUCGAGGCGAUGCGGGGACAAGUAUGCCAAAUGCGUCUAAUGCCGGGUUGUUGGUUUUGUUGUAUGUUCAAGUUGCAGAACGAGGCUCAUAACAAGUUCUAUUAGCGUAAUGUUUGAAGUCAUCGCGGCCGUGAGCGUAAGCUGCUGUGUAGUCCGGAUUGGUUAAGGGCGGAAUAUAGGCAGUCGAAUCGAAUAGGGGAUUUUGUUGA